ACAGAUAUAAACAUAUUACUUCUGAUAGCCACUCACAUUGUAGGGGGUUAUGCGGGACUUCCGUUGCCACAAAAUCAGUUGCGAUGCCGUGUCUGUACAAGAGCUCGAGACUUAUCUGAGUGCGACCGUGUUGCAGUUUGUGACAAGACACUCGAAGAAUGUUACCUAGACAGAAUGGUUUCAAGCCAACACUCAGUUGUAUACAACGGCGGUUGUAGAUCUAAAAGUAUCUGUGCACUUGCAACUUCCAUAGGAAAAAAGAGAGAAGCUCUUACUUGCUCAAGUUGCUGUAACACCGACGAUGAGUGUAACAAACGGUUAUGUGGAAUAAAAGGAAGUGAAGUACAUUCCAAUCAAUGUUAUAUGUGUAGGGAGGGAAGCUCUGGUCAGGCGGCGGUAAGAGAUCCGGCUCAGUGUGUCACGCUUGGUUACUGUCAACCAAAUGAGAUGUGUUCCGUCGCUCAGAAUGACGAUUAUGGACAUGACACAUUUAGUUAUGGCUGCACGAACGCAAUUCCAUGUAAGUUUAUCAUGAAAAAGGCUUAUGAACUGUACAAGGUAUGUGUUGCGAAUGUUUCACUUCCUGAAGCCGGGCAGACAUGGGUCCAGGCAUGUGGCAACAUUGGUAAACGGUCGACCGAACUCUGUCAUGCUUGUUGCGCGGAUAGAAACUGCAACCACGGCACUUGCGAGGGCUUAAGGGAGCGCAUUUUCAAGCUAGCAUUACAAGGAAAGUUUGAUCUUCAGACGCUUAAAGCUAUUCCACAGAAUGCCUAAUUGGUGGUUAAUAUGUGUUCCUAUCCAUUAAAAUAAAUGCUUUCUGCUUUGUAUAUGUGUUCUAGGCUUUGAUUUUGUUUAGUCAUUUUAUUGGUGACCUGCUUGACAGUUACGAUUACUAAAGGUUAUUUUCUUCUCUUUGGAUACGUCCUACCUUUUAUUUUAGGACCCAUCUGUCGUUAUUAGUAA